AGACGCGCGAACGCGGUGAUAUGCUAGUCGCGCGCGGUACUCGCUGACACGGCGGAUUCUACUCGACCACCAGGAUAUCGGGAUCCCGAGAAAAGAUGUUCUGGAUCCUCCUAUUAUUCCUGGCCUCUGGAAAUGGCCAGUUCACCCAGGAAUCGACGGAAUCUACCCCUAGGCUUCCAUGGAAUCGUUACGAUGGAUCCGACUGGGAUCAGAAUACAGGUUUUGGAUUCCGGAAUCAAGGCCAAAAUGAGAAUGUCAUAAUUAAAGAAUCCACGUACUUUGUAGUUGCAUCUCGCAUGGUUAGACCAGGUCAAGUGUACAGGGUUGCUGUAAACAUUCUUCAUAGUCCGCUGCCUAUGACAGUGCGUACAUCUAUUCAGCGAAAUGGUGUGGAAAUAGCGACGGACUAUCAAGAAGUGAAGGAGGGCAUACCUGAAACCUUAUUGAUGCGUAUGCCACCUACUUCCGUGGGUGGCGACUAUAACUUGCGCGUGGAAGGGAUGUACAACAAUUUGAAAGGCGGCCAAGCCUUUCUGAAUGAAACCAAAUUGAUAUUCUCGCAACGGUCUAUGACUAUUUUUAUACAGUUGGACAAGCCCAUGUACAUGCAGGGCGAAACAGUACGAUUCAGAACAAUCCCGAUAGAUACGGAGUUAAAAGCCUAUAACAAUCCUGUGGACGUGUACAUGUUGGAUCCGAACAGAAGAAUUAUGAGAAGAUGGCUCAGCAGGCAGAGCAAUUUAGGCACAGUGUCGCUGUCGUACCAACUUUCUGAUCAACCUGUCUUCGGGGAAUGGAUUGUGCAAGUAAUAGCGCAGAAUCAAGUGGAGGAGAAUAAAUUCCUCGUAGAAGAGUACUAUCAAACGCGUUUUGAAGUCAACGUCACGAUGCCGGCGUUCUUUUUUAACAACGAUCCCUACAUUUACGGUAUCGUUCAGGCGAAUUACACCUCGGGCGCGCCAGUGAGGGGUAAUCUGACUUUGAAGGCUAGUUUCAAGCCACUGGAAAGAAUACGCAAUACCCAAAUGGCGAUCGAACCAGUUGAGAGAUACUUCAACUUCAACGAGUAUUAUCCAUCGUGGUUUAGAAUACUUAAUAUAUAUGAGGAAAGAGUACCAGUGUUGAGGUUCUUCAAUGGAACGUACCAUUUCCGAUAUCCUAUGCAAGAAUUGCUGAACUUCGUUCCGUCGACUGACGGAUUGGAAGUCACCGUGGUCGCAACAGUGGGCGAGAGAUUCUUGGACGAGGUCAUCGUCGGCUACUCUACGGCGAGGAUCUUCAAUUCCACCACGAAGGUCCGUUUCCUUGGCGGUACUCCACAGGUCUUCAAACCAGCGAUGCCGUUCACCUUGAAUCUGGUCGCAUCCUUUCACGACAACUCGCCGCUGCAACCCAGGCAACUCAGGGAUGCUAUGAUGGAAAUCCGCGCGGACAUCGAGAUGCGAAGUGGUGGACGUCGUAACAUCGAUACCCAAUACCCGAGAGCGACGCCGGAACACGCGGACGUAUGGACUAUAAAGAUGGAUCUCAGGAGACAGCUCGCGCUGGAGAACGACGCCGAUCGCGCCAAUCAAAUUCUGAACGACAUCGCCUCCAUGAGAGUCCACGCGCACUUCAUUGACGGCGAGGGUUACAGAGCGGAAACCGAGCUGCUGUUGCUCGCUCAUGAAUCUCCGCAUAUGAAGCACAUCAAGAUAUCAACGUCCACCGAAAAGCCCAAAGUCGGGGAAUACAUGGUAUUCCACGUACAGACCAACUUCUACAUUGACGCCUUCAACUACCUUAUCAUGGCCAAAGGUAUAAUACUUCUAAGUGGCGAGGACAACAUGCAGCACAAUAUAAAGACUUUCGCGAUUCCUCUGAGCCCUGAGAUGGCUCCCGUCGCAACGGCGGUGGUGUAUUACGUGGGCCGCUACGGCGAAGUCAUCGCAGAUUCAUUGACCUUCCCGGUGAACGGAAUCUCGCGCAACAACUUUACCGUGUUCAUCAACAAUAAAAAGGCAAGAACGGGCGAGCGCGUUGAAGUGGCCAUCUACGGCGAACCCGGAGCCUACGUUGCGCUGUCAGGUAUCGAUCGGUCGUUCUACUCUAUGCAGGCGGGCAACGAGCUGACGUAUGCAAACGUGAUCUCAAAGAUGGCUCAUUUCGACGAGGAUACCAACGGCACGCACACGCACACUUGGCAGUAUCACGACGGUGAUCCGGACGAGAUGGUGUACUUCCCGUCUUCCACCUUCGGCAUCGACGUCAAUCGCACGUUUGAUUACAUCGGCCUGGUCGUCUUCACGGACGCCGUGUUACAUCGGCGGCACGAUCUCUGCAAUCGAACGCAGGGAUACGGUGAGUGCCUGACCGGCCGAUGCUACAGACUGGACAAGAGAUGCGACGGCAUAUUUGAUUGCGAGGACGGCACGGACGAGGCGCGAUGCGUCGAUCGGAACGCGACUGACUUGGCACAGUUCCGCAAGUGGCGGUUCAACCGGAUCCAGAGGCAAUACGAAAAUGUUUGGCUGUGGAAGGAUAUCAACAUCGGUCCGCACGGCCGACAGAUCUUCAACUUGGACGUACCACGAAGACCGGUACACUGGAUGGUCACCGCGUUCAGUAUGUCGCCCAGCAUCGGAUUCGGUAUGUUGCCGAAGGCACUUCCAUAUACCGGAGUCCUGCCGUUCUUUAUAAACGUGGAGAUGCCGAGUCACAGCAGACAGGGCGAGCAAAUUGGUAUUCGCGUGUCCAUUUUCAAUUAUAUGCAUUAUAAUAUCGAGGCGACAGUGGUUUUGGCGGGCUCCAAAGACUACAAGUUCGUCCACGUUGAAGACAAUGGCAUCGUGCAAUCGUAUAAGCCGCGCACCUCUUUUGGCGAGCAUCAAUUUUUCAUCUGGAUCCCCGCUCAGGAUGCCAGCAUCGUUUAUUUGCCCAUUGUACCGGUGAGACUCGGCGACAUUCAGGUGCACGUCUACGCGACUACUUUGAUUGGCAAGGAUUCGGUGACACGCACUCUACACGUCGAGGCGGAUGGAGUGGCGCAGUAUCGGCACCAGUCGAUCCUGCUGGAUCUCAGCAAUCGCGCCUACGUGUUCCAAUACAUGCAUGUGAACAUCACCGAGACGCCGAUUAUACCAUACGACGAGAACCGUUACUACGUAUUUGGAUCUAACAAAGCGACCAUCAGUUUGGUCGGCGAUGUGGUGGGACCUAUCUUCCCGACGAUGCCGGUGAACGCGACAAGCCUUAUGAAUCUGCCUAUUGACUGCGCCGAGCAGAACAUGUUCAGUUUCGCCGCCAACAUGUACACCACCCUGUAUAUGCGUUUGAUCAACCAGCGCAAUCGCACCCAGGAGAAGGAGAGCUUUUACUACAUGAACAUUGGCUAUCAGCGACAGCUGUCCUUCAUGAAUCUUGAUGGGUCUUUCAGCUUUUUCCGUACCGAUUGGAACCAGUCGAUGCCGAGUGUCUGGUUGACGGCGUUCUGCGCGCGGAUAUUCCAGGAGGCCAGCUUCUACGAGUGGGAGAACUACCUGUACAUUGAUCCUGAGGUGAUCGCCCAGGCAGUUUCUUGGAUAUUGAAGCAUCAGACGCCGGAGGGCGCAUUCUACGAGGUGACCUGGCUGCCGGAUCGGAAGAUGAACAGCUCCUUGAACUAUAGAAACGACGUAAUUACCCAUCGAAACAUCACUCUCACCGCUCAUGUGCUCAUCACCCUAGAGAGCGUCAAGGACCUCACGGGCGGCCUAGGUUCUCAAGUGGCUCUAAGCGCGGCUAACGCUAUCAAAUGGUUGGAGAGGAACCUGAAGCUGUUGGAGGAUCGCGGUAAGCCUUAUGAGAUAGCAUUAGUGGCCUAUGCACUCUUGGUGGCGAAAGCCUCGACUGCCGAGCAAGCCUUCAACAUUCUGACGAGACACGCACGGAGAGAAGGCGGAUUGACGUACUGGGGUAGAGAACAAGUGCCGCUUCCUCCGUACAAGAUGGAGAAUCAGAAGCCCUUCCUGCUGCCACGUUUACCCUACGAGUACGACUCGGAGAACAUAGAGACAACUGCGUACGCGCUGCUCGUUUACGUCGCUCGGCAAGAGAUCAUGAUAGAGCCGAUAGUGAAGUGGCUUAACGCGCAGAGAUUGACGGACGGCGGAUGGGCCUCCACUCAGGAUACCGUUUGGGCGAUGAAGGCACUAAUGGAGUAUACCGUGAGAUCGAGAAUCAGGGACGUCAGUUCGCUCACGGUAACGAUAGAGGCUACUGCUUUGCCGGGAAAGACCAAGACGUUGACCGUUAACGAUAAGAAUCUAGCGAGGCUUCAAACUCUUGAGAUCCCGGAAGCGUGGGGAACCGUGAAAGUGCAGGCGAAGGGUGCGGGCUACGCUAUUCUGCAGAUGCACGUGCAGUACAAUGUGGAUAUAAAGAGAUUCCAAACGCAACCGCCGGUUAAAGCCUUCGAUCUAGUCACCAGAGCGAAUUUCCACGGCAGAAAUCAGUCUCACAUUUCAUAUCUUAGCUGUCAAAGAUGGACGAAUCUCAAUGAAUCUGCCCGUUCCGGUAUGGCUGUAUUGGAUGUAGCCGUACCAACCGGUUACAUAAUCCAACAGCAAAAUCUGGACAGGUACAUUUUAUCGAAGCGGGUGAGGAAUCUCCAGAGAGCACGUUUCCAAGAAAGGAAAGUGCUCUUCUACUUCGAUUAUCUGGACAACGAAGAGACGUGCGUGAACUUCACGGUGGAACGUUGGUAUCCGGUCGCAAAUAUGUCGCGAUACCUUUCUAUUCGAGUUUACGAUUACUAUGCGCCAGAACGCUUCAACGAAUCUAUAUUUGAUGCACUGCCUACAUACACAUUAAAUAUAUGUGAGGUUUGCGGCAGCUCCCAGUGUCCCUACUGCCCAAUUUACAAUGCUGCUAGGCUUUUAACCACGCCAGCAGGUUUCCUGCUCAUCGCGUCGCUCGUCGUCACGUUAACGAGGUACUUCCGAACGCAGCAAUUCGGCGACGGCUAGCGGUAAUAGCAUUCGAUCCUUACCCAUUUCCAUUGCCAUGAUUUGCCUCUGCUAACGGAGAACAAAUAUGGAACGAUACGGUAAUCAGGAUAUAAUACAUGUCCACGAAUCUCACUUCUAAAUAUGAAGAACCGUUUUAUAUAAUUUUACAAAUAUGAUUCGCGUGCGCAAUGACCAAUAUAAAAACGAGUUUUUAACGUUGUUUCUUUUUCCAAUGAAGAUAAUCACUUUUAGUAAUUUUGACUACUAUUUUUGUAUGCAAUACUCAUGUUGAGGAUCUUUUUGCUACGCAAUCUGUGUAGCAUAGGAUAUAUUUUGCAAUUAUAAAAAUCUCAUGAUCUUUUCAUAUUAUUUUUGCAUAUUUUCGCACCAGUAAAUACUUUAGAUCAUAUUUUGUCAAGAGUGAAAUAAGAACAAUUAAUAUUUUAUUACUUGCUCGAAGGCUUAUGAUAUAGUUGUAGAAAGUAGUGUUAUUUAUAUACUUUUGAAUUAUAAAACGCACAAAACCGAUUAUGUCAUAAGAUUGCACGAUCGAAAAUAAUUAUUUCUGAAAAUAUUACCGCAAUUUCGCGCAUUUUUAUUGUAUUGUUUAACGAUUAUUAUUAUUUACAAAUAUCCGUCCUGUUUUUUUAAGUCUUAGAAUGUCUGAAAUUUGUAUUUUUUACAUUGCUAGGGCAUCGUACUUUUGGAGACAAAGCAUCUGAAGUACAAAUCAAGUGUAAUAGUUGUAGCUGGCGAUUUUCGUCAAUUACGCUAUUAACUAUAACUACCAAAAGAAUUAUGGCAAAAGUGUUCAUAGAGUAUACCGAAAAAAAUAAUUAGUUUCAGAUUUUUAAUAAGCUACACAUGAUAUUGCUUCUUUUCAAAAAUUAUUCCAUCUUUUCGCAUCUUGAAGAUCAUUCCUUAAUAUUUUUUAUUCCAUUUCGCGAAGUUAUCAAUUGAAGAUCGUGCCUUCGUAGUACUCGUUAAUAUUUCCGACUUAGAGAUAAACUUCUGUUUUAUAUCGCAUCAAUCCUCGAAUAUAAAAAGAUCAAUCAAAGAGAUAUACAAGACGUUAAUGUGAUCGGCAAAAUGUGUAAAUAGUAGGGUAGGAGAAACAGAUGUAUUCUAACUCGAUUCAUAAAAUCGAGUAAGUGACAAUGAUACCGUCCUGUUUAUAUAUACAUAUUUGCGUGUAUGAAAAGAUUUUUAUGCCGUCCCUUGAUAGUGCCUCGAGAGUUAUACAAUUACGUGUAUAAAUAUGUAUCUGUUUUCAGACAAACAUCAAAGAUCUAUUUUAAUAACAUAGCACUAAAUAUGUAUAUUACAAGGUAUAAAAUAUAUAUUGAAAUUUAGGUUUUAGUUAGUGUAAUUACGCGUCACACCGGUGCUUUAAGGGCUUUUACCUUGGACUUCAAACGUCAUCUAUUCACAAUUCGCACGGCAAUUUUUUAUAGCCAUUCAGGACACACAGAAAAUAUUUAUUACAUGACGUAAUAGACAGGCACUAUUACGAUGAACAAACCCUUAAAACGCAUUCGUGUGCGCGUAACAUUUCGAGAUACCGUCCAUGAAGAAGUCUGCUUCACAAUACAAAUUUAAAAAAUAUAGAUAUAUAUAUAAAGUACUUGAGUAAUGAUUCAUUGAAAUCGCGAAAUAAAUCUGCACGAUGUAUCGCGCGAUAGAUGCUUUUUUUUAGAUAUUAACGGAAUCGAUUUUUAACACACGUUAUACAUAUUUUUAAGUUUUAUAACCUUUAUACGAGUAAACAAUAAAAAACGUAUAUGUAUUA